UGAUAAUUUCACUUUGACAGAUUACAAUCAUUGCAAUCGGCUGAUGUAAACAUUGAAGUUUUGCAGGAUAUUUUUCGUUUUAUUUGCCAAAAAGUAACAAAUAAUCCCAAAAAAAAAUCUGUUUUACAUGUUAAAAGAAUCAACCUUUUCUACGGCUUGCUAAUCACAGCUGCAUCUCAAACCCCCUGAAUCGUGACAGAAGCAAGCGGUCAAGGUGGCGCAGUUCGGCGUUGGAGGUAAAAUGAGACGAUCACAGGGCUAUGCGUAUCAGCCCCUUGCCCAGAAUCCGGGCCCCAGUGGGAUGGCCAACGGCACCCAUCACAGUCACGAUGCCCUCGAGGAGGAAAACGAACGGAUGGCCGAGGAGCUGAAAGGUAAAAUCGGUGCCCUCAAAUCACUGACGAUAGAUAUCGGGAGCGAGGUGCGAUACCAGGAUAAGCUUCUGCGAGGCAUUGACGAAGACAUGGACCGAACCGGGGGAUUUAUGUCCAAUACGAUUUCCCGGGUCGUGCGGCUGGGGAAGGGUGGCCACCGGAACUAUAUGUGCUACAUGUUUCUGUUUGUGAUGUUUGUGUUCUUCGUGUUGUUUCUCAUUUUGAAGUUGAGAUAGUUUAGGGGUUCUCGCAGUUUUUUUUUUGGGAAGGGAAAUGUAUUUCAUAUUGGCCAAUACUAUUUUAUCAUAGAAAAGAACAUUCGAGCAAUGUAAUAUGUAAUUAAAACUAACAAUAUUUAGCUAAAUACUAGAUAAAA